AUGGAGUUUCUGCACGAGACCACUAAAGCUCAUGAUGGUUCAUUGUUCACGCCAGAUGGUCGCAGGUUAGUUAAUGGCAACGACUUUCUCUAUGCCUUUAAUGAAAAAAAUCCAUCCUCCGUGGUAGCCAAAAUUAAGAAAAUAAACGAGAACCUUGAAAAACAGGAGAAACAGCUUGAAGUAUUCAAGAGAGUUUUUAAAGGGAUACACAACAAGCACUCAACAACAAAAAGGAGAAAUGAAAACAAAACCAAAGCUGCUAUUAAGAAGCGAAACCGUUUUCAGAAAAAAUAUCCAAAGAGAAUAUAA